CGUGUCCACACUGGAACUAAAACAGGUAGCCGGCCAAGAGAUGAGGUUUGCUCGGCGUCUUAUAUCUCACCUGACGCCAGAGUGGCGGAACCAUUACAUUCAUUAUGACGAGCUCAAGGUCAAGAUAUAUGAGAUGGUGGACAAAACUGAGCAGCCAGUCAGCUCUGAUAACAAGCAAGAGACUGAAGAUAGUGAUGAUGAGACUGAUAUACCAACGGUUGACUUAGCCCUCCAAGACCAGUUCUUCACGGAAGUGGCGGAGGAGCUAUCAAUGGUGGAAUCAUUCUAUAAAGCCAGGGAAGCUAAACUUUCCCUAACCCUUAGAGAACUGUCCAUCGAGGUCAGAAAAUAUGAAGUUCUUCGAAACAAUCCUGGCACUAAGGACAAUCGAACCACACGUCGACAAAAGGAGAAUCUGAAACUAUUACUAAGUGAGUUUUAUCUCAACGUCUCUCUACUGCAAAACUACCAACAGUUGAAUCACACUGGCUUCAGAAAAAUACUCAAAAAACACGACAAAGUUGGCCAAAGCACGCGAGGGAAGAAUUUCUUCAAGGAGCAGGUUUGCGCUAACUAUUUCUGGAAGACGCCUGAGCUCGCUCGACUUAUUGACACGACUGAGAAGUUGAUGAUUGAGAAAUUGGAAGAGGGUGAUCGAAGUAAGGCAAUGAAUAAACUACGUGUUCCACCAUUGGAAAUGAAAGAUGUUCGCUCUCAUUGGGCCACCCUCAGAGCUGGUUGGUUAAUGGGGCUCAUUUUUGUAAGCUUGUUCGUGAUAAUACUUGGAAUAAUCUUUCGUCCGUCUGAUUCCUGGGAUCAUGUGACCCCCAGUGUCCGCGGCCUUCGGGUGGGAUUGCUGCUAACCAUUUGGUUGUAUGGUUUUGCCAUCAAUACUUUUGAGUGGGGUCGAUCAGGCGUGAAUAGCGUGCUCAUUUUUGAGUUCAAUCCUCGAGACUAUCUCAACUUUGUUCAACUAUUUGAGUGUGCGUCUGCGAUGGGCGUGAUAUUUCUGGUGGGCGUGUACUUCACGGUGUUCUCCUAUUGGCUGAGCAUGCCGGAGUGGGCGGGGCCUGUGAUCAUGCUGGGUCUUGUGCUGAUUAUCAUCCUCAACCCUCUCCCAAUUGUGUACUUUAAGUCACGAAUGUGGUUGCUACGAAAACUCGGACGUAUAGCGCUGGCUCCAUUCUUCUCUGUAGAGUUCCCUGACUUUUGGAUUGCUGACCAGAUGAACAGUUUAGCAGUCAUACUCCUGGAUCUUGAACAGCUGCUCUGCUACCUUCUCUUUGACCUCACCAUCCCGGGUGACAAUGUUGACUGUGGCAGUGUUAGCUAUGGUCUGAGACCCUUCGUGGCUGUUCUCCCGGCAUGGUUCCGGUUUGCCCAAUGCCUGAGGAGAUACUACGACACUAGGCAAGCCUUCCCUCAUCUCGUCAACGCUGGCAAAUAUUCUACCACUUUCUUCGUUGUGUUCUUUGGAUCGCUGGCAUCCGGACUGAGAGUGGGUGGUAUUGACAUACAGAGUGUCGGCUACUACGUAUCGCUGGCCCUCUGGAUAGUUGCUCACAUCAUUAACUCCACGUACACCUUCUCCUGGGACAUUAAGAUGGACUGGGGGUUGUUUGAGGGCAAGUACAAGCUACGCUCCGAGCUCAUCUAUUCACACAAGAUUUACUACGUGCUUGGUGUGAUCGAGGACCUUGUGUUCCGGUCGCUAUGGACACUCAAUAUCUUCCUUGGUGACCGAGGCGGCUUCCUCAUAGACAGCAACAUCUUGGGUACUGUAUUUGCUGUUCUUGAAGUGUUUCGACGUUUUGUGUGGAAUUUCUUUCGUGUUGAGAACGAACACUUGAACAACGCUGGAGCAUUUAGAGCUGUUAGAGAUAUCUCCAUACAUCCGGUGGACCUGAGUCAGAUAGACGUUGCUGACGAGGCUAUAAUUGAAGGGUCACCAUCAGCGAGGAAACAUCCACUAACUUUGUCCAAUACCUCCCCUUUCCCUAAUAAGCUACGUCACCGCAAGUACUCCCUCCACAAUAUUGCUGACACACCAUCCGUGGUGGUUCACAAGACUCUCGGACACACGGACUCCACUCUGCCCAUGCUUGAACUGAACGAGGAACCGUACGACCCAGAGGUCAUAGAUCAAAGGACAGAGGUCAUAGCUGAGGUGUACGAAACAACUGUAUAGCUAGUUCUAUAUCAUGCGUGUUUUGGGUUGUGAUUUUUGUGUGGAAUUAUAAUGGUUAUUAUUUAUUAGAGAUGAUCA